CACACCACUUGUGAUCAGAUGUGCGCGAGUGUCACCCGCUUGUACAGACUUUGGCGUUUCAAGAGGAACAAAAAGCGAUUCGCCGUUAUUAAACGUUUAUUUCGAAAAUGAGAUUCAUCGCUGUCAUCGCUUUCGGUUUACUGGCGUCACAACAAAGCAGCAGCAGAACUCUGCCAGAUGAUGAUUCAGUGGUGAGCGUGUACGCAAAAGAUGCUACAAAAGACAACAGCAAGCCUUCAUUAGCGUAUUUGCUAGCCAGCGGUCUCGCCAGCAGAAUCGCUUCUCCGUUUUCUAAUUUAUUGAACUUCGGCAAGAAUGUAACCACAACGAUGCGACCGUUUCAUAGAAUCGAACUCUACGAUGAUACGGAACAUGCUGCAAAAUCUGAUGUCAUACCGCUGAAGAAUGAAAUAUCAAAUGACAGGGACGUAGAAGAACUCUCAGACGACAGUAUUUAUAAAAAGACUGGUAAGAAACCAGAGAAAAUAGUGUUGUUCUCGAACUUUCUGCCGAUGAAAGAGAAAUUGGAAUUAAAUGGUACGGUGAACGAAGUAGAUGUUGAUAAUGAAUUUGAUGAUUUAGAGUUUAGUGAUGAAGACGACAUAGAUGAGGUUAUGAGAUCGAAUGAUGGUGGCAUUGUUUAUGUAUUAGAAGUAAUAGGUAGUAUAAUACAAUUGCUUUGGGGCGGAUUCUUGGCGUUAUUCCAUCCUUCAUCGUCUUAGUUUAUUGAACUGUAUAGCUUUGGUUUAUGAUUUAACUCUAUUGUAGAUAUACAUAAAUAUGUUAUUUAUUCUUUGGAGGUCGAAUAGAUCUCAGUACAUUUUGGCUUAUCUGAGAUAUCUUCGAAUCCAUUUUUUUUAAUUGUACCGAUCUAAGAUCGUAAUAGCG